AGCAAAGAAAAUGGCGGCCGUGGCUGCGGAGGCGGCAGCGACUGCAGCGGUGCCGGGUGACGGAGGAGCCGGCGAGGCCGAGCCCGAGAUGGAGCCGAUCCCGGGCAGCGAGGCCGGCGCGGACCCGCUCCCCGCCGCCGCCGAGGCCGUGGAGUCGGCGGUGGCCGACGGGGAGGAGGCCGAGGGCGGGAAGCCCGCGCCGGGGGAGGCCGAGCAGCCGCCACCGCCGGUGCACCUGGCCCGCAGCCCGGCGGGGACGGCCGCGGAGAGGACGGAGCCGCCGGCCGAGCGGGGCUCGCCCCGGGCCGAGCGCGACGAGGAGCCGCAGCCGCAGCCCUGCCCGCCGCCUGCUGGGCACCCGCGCCUGCCCGCGGAGCCGCCGCAGCCCUGCCCGCCGGCCGCGCCCGAGCCCCAGCCCCAGCCCCAGCCCGAGCCCGGGGAGGAGCCGCGCCGGCCGGAGGAGGAGGAGCCGGAUGCUGCUGCCGCUGCCGCCGCCGCAGCCGAGCAGCCGGAGCCCCCCGUGCCCGCGGCCCCUGCCGGGGGGGAGGCGGAGGGGGCGGCGCCGCCGCCGCUUCUGCUGCCCGGCUCGGAGGUGCGGGUCACCCUGGAUCACAUCAUCGAGGACGCGCUCGUGGUCUCGUUCCGCCUGGGAGAGAAGCUCUUCUCGGGGGUCCUCAUGGACCUCUCCAAAAGCUGGGGGGUCCCCAGAUGCUGUGUGCGUGCAUGCAGCUGUAUCAAUGCAUGUGGUUGGGAAUGCAGCCAGGCAGCACAGAGAGCUGCAUCCUGCAGGUUUGGACCCCAUGGAAUUCCUGUGACCAUAUUUCCUAAAAGGGAAUACAAAGAUAAACCUGAAGCCAUGCAGCUCCAAAGUAAACCAUUCCAAGAUGAGACACAGGUGAAGUGUGAAGCCAAUGGUGCAGUCCCUGAUGACUCUUCUCCCAUUCAGCCAUCAGAACCUAGCCUAGCUAAAAGCUUAUGGACUUCUAAACCACCCCCUCUCUUUCAUGAGGGAGCGCCAUAUCCCCCUCCUUUGUUUAUCAGGGACACAUAUAACCAAUCAAUACCUCAGCCUCCACCCCGAAAAAUUAAGCGGCCCAAGCGGAAAAUGUACAGGGAGGAACCCACUUCUAUUAUGAAUGCUAUCAAACUACGACCCAGGCAGGUCUUGUGUGACAAAUGUAAAAACAGUGUUGUUGCAGAAAAAAAAGAAAUUAAAAAAGGUGGCAAUGCAAGUGACUCUUCAAAAUAUGAUGAUAAUAAAAAGCGAAGAAAUGAGAGUGUAACUACUGUGAAUAAAAAACUUAAGACUGACCAUAAAGUGGAUGGAAAAAGCCAAAAUGAAAGCCAGAGAAGGAAUGCUGUGGUCAAAGUUUCAAAUAUUGCCCAUAGCAGAAGCAGAGUAGUUAAAGUUUCUUCUCAAGCAAAUACUUCAAAAGCGCAGUUAAAUACUAAAAAAGUUCUCCAGAGCAAAAAUAUGGAUCAUGCAAAAGCUCGAGAAGUUUUGAAAAUGGCCAAAGAGAAGGCACAAAAAAAACAGAGUGCAACUUCCUCUUCCAAAAACACACAUUCAAAGGUCCAUUUCACGCGGCGUCUUCAGAACACCAGCUCAGGGUCCCUUCCACCUCGAUUGCGUUUAAAGCCACAAAGGUACCGGAACGAAGAAAAUGACUCUUCCCUCAAGACAGGACUUGAGAAAAUACGGAGUGGCAAGAUGGCAACUAAGCCCCAGUCUCGUUGUUCCUCCACCCGCUCAGCAGGUCUCAACAAGUGACAGCAUAUUACAUCAGACAGUGACGAGUCCUGCUGCUCCCUAACAGUGUCUGACAGACCACUGUGGAUUCAGAUUGAGGGUAUUGAAGUUAACAGUGAAAUUGGCAGGUCUGUCUGUUUUAAGCCCAGCCUAAAAUGAAGAGGGGCAUUAUGUCAUCAAGUAAUCAUUCCCAAAGCAGGUUAGGUUAGAGCUGAUAAAUUAGCAAUUACUUUCUUUCCUGCUUUCAUUUCAACUUUGUGCACCUGUACCUCAGCGUACAUUUUAGUUGUGUUCCUCAACCCUAAUCUGCUAAUAAGGUUUACAUGCAUUUUCUUGAAUAAAUUAAAACUCGCUUUUUUUGAGAUUGGCUUUUGAAAUUUUGUACUAUACAAGCAUGUUAAAUAAUGACAGAGGCCCUAAUAAAGGUCAAAGUGUAUUGGGGGGUGUAGGUUGUAGCCGUGUUGGUCUAAUGACAUAGGCAGACAAGUUUCCUUGGGUGAAUUUGAUAUCUUUUAUUAGACCAACCCAAAUAUUCUAAGCUAGAUAGUCUCAAACUUUUCAUUGGGUGAACCACGUCUUAAUAGAAAUUACCUGUGGACAGCUACCUUUCCAAUUUAACUACAUGGAAUCUUCCCUCGGCCACUGGUACCUGCAACUAAGUAGCCAGAAAUGAGGAGAAUUAAAACCAUGUGACCAGGUAGGUCUCAGCAGGCCACCAAAAAGUGGUCCACGGACCACAGUUUGGAAACCACUUCUCUAAGAAAAUGGUUGUUACUUUAAAGAUUGAGUAUUUUUUUUUAAUUCCUAGGAUCUUAAUCUUUGAAAGAGUCAAGCUAGCAUGCAAGGCAUGUGCUUAAAUCCCAUUGAAGCUUAAUCUAAGCAAGUGCUUAACUAUUUCCUUUAAUUAGGGUUUAAAUUGGUAUUCAUACCUUCUGUUUGAUAGAGGAGCAUGCACAUUUUAUUUAUUUUUUCUAUGCAUUUUUAAGGUAGGGUUGAAAAUCUUUGGCUUGUAUGUACAGGGCUUAUUUUGUCAUAAGGAGAAAAAAAAAGAUUCUGGUUCUGUCCUUGGCCUGUAGACUUGAAGUAGCUUGAUCCAGUAUUAUUCCAUUGUACUAGGUCUAGCAAAUUGGAUAUGCUUUGGUAAUUUAUAAUAUAAGAAAUAUGUGCUGUGUGCUGGUUCUACAGAAGAUUUUGGAUCAUCCCCAAGGAUGAGACAACUGAUAGUUUGUGGGUUGCUGGAGAUGGCAUGUCAGCUCUGACAAAAGAAGAUUCCCACUCUAGUGAGGGUGUUCUGAGUCCUGCAUUGGUGAGCCCCAAAGAAUUAGGAAGAUGCUGUGUUAGCUGACUUGCAUUGUAGAAUAAGCUCCAUGUAUUACUGAUUAACUGAAGGCGAGUUCUUGUGAAUGUAUCACCUGGGAAGCUGGAAAGUCAUGUGCAAAAGGUAAAAUGCUUGUUUAAGGUUCAAAAUGCUGUGUGUUUAUCAUGGUUUUAUGUGCAGCACAUGGCCUUAAACUUCAAUUACAAUUACUAGUUGCAUUAAAAGCCGGUAGAAGACCAUAUGGACUAUUAACACCAUCUGCCCACUACUUACUUUAGGCAAACAAAAUGUUAGUGUACAGCAUAGAAACUGUGGGCCUAAUUCUGCCAUUGUUAUUCCUGUGUAGUGCUCCUGAAGUUAACUGAGUGAGAGCAGUUGUGUUAGUGAGGUUUGAAUUUGGAACUUGAACUUUUUAGUUGCUUGUUGUAUGCUCAAUUGACAGAAACAUGGCCCUCGCCAAACUUAGAUGUUUGUACAUCUUGGAUAAAACUUUAAUAUUGCCCUAUAGAAUUGUUUAUAUUUGUGACAAGAUUUUUGUCCCUGUAGCACACAUAAUAUGGAAUAUUCCAUCAGGAAGAGUUUCUGUACACGGUGAUGCUUUUGUUAUCCCAGGCUUUCUUUUACAGGCCUCCAUGCUGUCAAAGCCCAGCCAGCCACCAAAGUGCAAAGCCAGUAUUGGGUGUUAAGCAACCUGCCACAUUUUGGGGAUAUUGUAGUCUAUUUCAGCAUUUUGGGGAAGCAAAUGUAAUUCUUUUUCUUCAAACUUUGUGCACAGUGUUCAGCCUAGUGACCUCCACCAACAGUAAAUGUUAUUUCAUUGGAACUGCAAAGUACAUUUUGCAGAAAUCAGCACUUUGCUCCCUAUCUGUAGAUUUGGCAUCCUUUUCUUUGUAGAGGUUUUGCACAUUCAGCUCAUUCAUCUUGAAUGAGUACAUAGUUAGAAAUGGCCACAGUCUUCCUGCAAGAAGACUGAGACUACCUCCACAGCUGAGGCGAUAUUAAGGGUUAACUGAUCCUACACAUGAUUUUUAGCCAGAAUGCCAAGAUACAGCAUAUAUCUGCACAGAAAUUCUGCAACCUGUGUCCUCUCCUUUGGAUCUGAACCUUCCCAAAUUGCUACUCUCUCAGCUCCUUCUAUUGCAGGGUGUAGGACAGAAUGAACGGUUUUGUCAAUGUUUCAUGUUGUUGUUUCAUGGCACAAUGAGCAACUUCAAAUUGAGAAAUUCCUCAGUAUACACCCCUUGCCCCCUCCUGUGUCAGGAUCAUUGUCCUUUUGUUUUUCAUCUUUCCUUUCCCAUCCCACCCCCUAUGUAUCUAGUGAUUUAUCAGGCUCCCCUCCCCCACUGUUAACUUUUAAGCCCAUUCCUCUGUCUUCUCUGAAGAGUUGCAUCUUUUUAGCCAGAGCCUCAGGAUUUAGGCCCCCCCAUGGUCUUUUCUGUUAAUCAGGUGGUAUUGUUUAAGGCAUUCCUUUUGGAGGUAGUGGGAAAUGUAUAUAAAGCAAUUCUCAAAGUCCGAGGGAGCUCCUGCAAGAUCAUAAAGAUAAAUCAGUAAAACUGAGCUGGUUUUGUUGGACCCUCCCUCCUCCUAUUUGCAUCUCUUGGCAAAUCAAUCCAUGAUACACCACUGUAACUUUCUGAAUAAUAAGCUACUGUUGAUGGCUUUGUAGAAGAACUUUUUUUUACCUGGACUCUUCUUAUCUGCUUGCCAUUCUCUUAUUAGUAUCAUUUGAGGCAAACACAGAUAGUAAGCCAAGCAGUUACUGAAAGGAAAUACAUUAGCAGCUUUCUUUUUGCUGUUCCAUUGUCCUCUGUAGCUGUAGCAUAUAUUCAAAGUACAAGCUGUGUUGGUACUUCUAGUUAUCAGUGUGUUUAUACAUAGUUAUAGAGGUUUUGCAUAUUAAUCAUUCCUAUUUAACUACCUCUGGAAAUGUAAAUUAACUCUUGGUGCUGCAAUUCAGUGAGAUUUAAAAUGAGGCCAGGAAGGCAGGUUCUGCUUUAACUCCAAGCUGUAAGGGACUUGUUCAGUUUAAUAUGCCUUAUAACAAUGUUAAAGUUGUUUUCACCUUCUCAUGUGUAGAAUAGAUCAAAUUUAGCAGGUGAACUGACAACUGUUUUGGCCAGCUCACAAUUUGUUUGCUGGUUCUUGCAGUACCAGCAAAGAAGUUUAACAGUUUUUCCUUUCUCUUCCCU